CCCCCGUGCCGGCCUCGAGUUUGGUGGCGUGCGACGCACAGCGGGAAUCGCUGUAGCCCUGCGCGAUGGCGUCUCGGUACGACCGGGCCAUCACUGUCUUCUCCCCAGACGGACACCUGUUCCAAGUGGAAUAUGCCCAGGAAGCGGUGAAGAAAGGAUCCACAGCGGUUGGAAUUCGAGGCACUAAUAUAGUUGUGCUCGGCGUUGAAAAAAAAUCUGUUGCCAAGCUUCAAGAUGAAAGAACUGUGAGGAAAAUUUGUGCCCUUGAUGACCAUGUCUGCAUGGCUUUUGCUGUUUCAACUACUUUUAUAGGACUGACUGCUGAUGCUCGAGUAGUAAUAAAUAGAGCCCGUGUGGAGUGUCAGAGUCAUAAGCUUACAGUUGAGGACCCCGUCACUGUAGAAUAUAUAACUCGCUUCAUAGCAACCUUAAAACAGAAAUACACUCAGAGCAAUGGACGAAGACCUUUUGGUAUUUCUGCCUUAAUCGUAGGUUUUGAUGAUGAUGGUAUCCCAAGACUGUAUCAGACUGAUCCCUCUGGUACUUACCAUGCUUGGAAGGCAAAUGCAAUAGGUCGAAGUGCUAAAACUGUCCGAGAAUUUCUAGAAAAGAAUUACACAGAAGAUGCUAUAGCAAAUGACAAUGAAGCUAUCAAAUUAGCAAUACGAGCUUUGCUAGAAGUUGUCCAGUCUGGUGGAAAAAACAUUGAACUUGCUAUAAUAAGAAGAAACCAACCUUUGAAGAUGUUUAGUGCCAAAGAAAUUGAAUUACAGGUAAAUGAAAUAGAAAAGGAAAAGGAAGAAGCAGAGAGGAAGAAAUCAAAGAAGACUGUUUAA